CUCCUCUGACAGAAAUGCAGCCUGUUCCAGUUCCUCUCCCCGGGCACACAGGGAGCUGAAGUCCCGGUAACCGAGAGACCGAGCACCGGAGGACCGUGUUUCUGCAGCUCUGGACCCCCCAGGAUGUACCGGAGGAUGAGCAGCUGCAGAGGGCAGAGAGCCGGAUCCAUGCUCCUAUUAUCUGUGAUAAAGUAGACCCAGGAGAAAAAACAUUAAAACCGCUUCUCUUUCGCAUGAACCCUGCAGGGACUCAGCAUGAGGAAACCCAAAGUCACUCGGAUGGGUUUCGCCUUGUGUCUGGGAUGUUUCAUUAUGGUCAUCCUCUUCUUUAACAGCAGCCUGAAGCCAGGCUCGGAGCCCCUCAGUGAAAGAAGCAGCGGUCACAAGUCGAGGAGGAGUCCUCUGCAGACGCUUUACGAUGGAGACCAGGUGGAGUCGGGGGUGCAGGCGAUCCAUCAGGGUCGUCGGGAGGUUUUAGAAGAAGCCUGUCACUCUUACACUCGUAAACGCAGGGUCCUGAUCCCCGAGGACCUGAAGCACGUCAUCGUGGACGACCAGCACGGCCUGCUGUACUGCUACGUGCCCAAAGUGGCCUGCACCAACUGGAAGCGUGUCCUCAUGGUCCUCACGGGGGUCUCCGGCUCCCUGAGAGACCCUCUGUCAAUCCCCGCCAACGAGGCCCACGUCUCCGGAAACCUCCGUACUCUUUCGGAGUAUUCCACCUCGCAGAUCAACCAACGCUUGCGCUCCUAUCUGAAAUUUGUGUUCGUACGAGAGCCAUUUGAGCGCCUGGUGUCCGCGUACCGGAACAAAUUCACGCGGAGCUACAACACCGCUUUUCAUAAACGAUACGGCACAAAGAUAGUGCGUCGGCAUCGUUCAGACCCUCAACCGGAAGCUAUGGAACGAGGCAACGACGUGUCCUUCGAGGAGUUUGUUUACUACCUCGUGGAUCCGGCAACCCUACGAGAAGAGCCCUUCAACGAGCACUGGGAGAGGGUGCACUCGCUGUGUCACCCCUGCCUCAUCCACUACGAUGUGGUGGGUAAAUACGAGACGCUGGAGCAGGACUCCCAAUACGUCUUACAGCUGGCAGGGGUAGAAAACCAGGUCAGUUUCCCCUCCUCGUCCAAAAGCACCAGGACCACGGGAGACAUGGCGGCGCAGUUCUUCAACAACAUCAGCCCGUUCUACCAGAAGAAGCUGUACAACCUGUACCGCAUGGACUUCCUGCUCUUCAACUACUCAAUACCAGCUUACCUCAAGUUCAGAUGAGGUAGAGAAUGGACUCCUGUAAAGAGAAGUUGUUGUUUCUGAAGAGGUUUCUCUCUCUGUGUGAAGGCCUUGUUACGGACACUGCAAAGACUGUUGGAGAUCCAAAGUAAAUUCCUUUUUACAGACUGAAGAACUUCACCAAGACUUUCGUUCUCUUGUAAAGAAGGCAAAUCAUAUUUUACUGUACACAGUGAUCCAUCGUUCACUGCCUAAAAGUGUGAAAAACCCAUUUAAUUUAAUCUCAGUUUCAUAUCUGCUGUUUUUUCAGAAGUGUAAUUUGCACGACACAUGUUAAUCUGCAGUCUCUUAAUAAAUACAUUUCAUUCAGACAGUGAAUGUCUCCAAACAUGCGUGCCUCUGAGCGCGGGCCUUAUUUUAAACCCCAGCAGAAAAAAAGGCAUUUCUACUCAACUGUGACUUUUUUGUUGUUGUGUGUUGUAGAAAAAACAUGUUCUGUAACAAUAAUUGUUUUUAUUUAUUGUGUUAUUGCUGACUCCACGAGUCGGACAAACCAAAAUAGAUAUAUCGUUUCUCUCACAAUUUUCAAAUAAAUGCAUUUCAGCAAAAGAAAACGUUUGUUUAUUGGUUUGAAUUUAGCUGUUUAAGUUUUAAAAGACAGCAUCCCAUAUACUCGACACACUACACAGAUAUCCUUCAGAGUACAGCAUUCAGUUUUUUAUUUCAACGACACAUUAUGCCUAGAUUUCCCUUUUUACAAAUGUAAAAGCAAAGUCCACAGUCACGCUUGAUGUCACUGUGAAAAUAGGACUAUUACCAUUUUUGGAUGCCAUUUUCAGGUCAGUAAAGACGAGCAUUUCUCUAAAAGUGAAUACUAAAUCAUUUGACAAAAAUAGAACAACAGACUAUAUUCAGUGCAACUGUGCUGCACAAAACAUACAAAUACUAGUCAAUAAAGGCUUAUUACGGCUUAAAAGGCACAAACCUAGGCUACAAAAAAUAAACAUUCAUCAUGACGGUGCAGCAUCUGAUUUGUGUUACGAUACAUUUACACACAGUUACAUAUAAUUAUUGCCUUAAAGGGAUAUUUCUGAUAUUUUGAGGCUGUAUUGGGUGCUUAUCUAUAGUCAGUGUUGGCAUGCAGCAGUUUGGAGAGGCAGACAGGAGGGAAACUGAACCCCGAAGAGCUCCAGGUGGCGUGUCAUCAGUGUGUGUGAGUGUGUGUGUGUGUGUGUGUUUAUUGCUACUGAUGAGCAUGUGGCACCUUGUCUGGUCGUCUCUGCCAUCUGUGUGUGUGUGUGUGUGUGUGUGUGUGUGUGUGUGUGUGUGUGUUUAUUGCUACUGUGGCACCUUGUCUGGUCGUCUCUGCAUCAGUGGGUGAAAGUGUGUGUGUGUGUGUUUAUUGCUACUGUGGCACCUUGUCUGGUCGUCUCUGCAUCAGUGGGUGAAAGUGUGUUUUGUAAAGCGCUUUGAGUGGUGGUUACAAAAUGCUACAGUAUAAAGACGCAGUACAUUAAACAUUUACAGGAGGACAGAUUCUAGGGAGCAUAACAAAUACCUAAUUCAGCUACCUAAAAUGAUCAAUAUCACUUCAAAAGGGCCCUAUUAAGCACAUGGUUAGGUUCAUAUGUGUAUGUAGUGUCUCAUGUCGCCAUGCUUUAAUGUUUAAAAAGCUCUUUAUUUUUCUCAUACUGCCUGUACACCUCUUUUCACCCUCUGUCUAAGGGUCUUUUUAAGAAAACCAGUUCAGUUCCCUGUCGGUAAAGAGGUGAAGAUAUUAAAAAUAAAUCAUACAUUUCAAAUAAUAUAGUUUUUUAGGUGGCAAUGAUACAUUUAUGUGCCGUAACUCCUGUCUGCUUCUCCAUAUUUGACGUUGCUGACCACCUCUACUGUCUGUUAGACACUGACUAUGGAUUAGUACCUCAUACAACCUCACUACAAAACACCUGAACCAUAAGGACUGACAAUAGGUUUACAGAUGUGUCAACAGGUAACAGCUGUUCUACAGUAAUCCAACUUGUUGUUUCUACUGAGCAAAGCUGGAGGGUAUCGAUUGGUUCAGAGUACAACUACUGCACUGUGAUUUAGCAAAUAUAGAAAUCAAAAGUCCACACUUUCAUCACCAUAUUCUGUCUUGUUUUCAGCCACUUUUCCACUACACAGUUACACAGUGCCUCAAUCCAGAGCACAAAGGCAUAUUCUGAGCAAAAUAAUCGUAGUUUAUCCGUGCAAAAUGCUAUAAAUAAAUAAAAUCCUAUCCUUUUUCAGGAAAGAAAAUCUAAUUUGGAUGCCCAGUUUUGAGGCACAAAUAUAACAGCAUACUAAU